AUGACAAAACUACUUGACUUGUGCUACGACGUUCUCCUCCAGAUCCUUGAAGAAAUCAAUCCUGAAGAUGUGGCGGCUUGUGCGCAGACGUCCAAAGGCUUCAAUAGCUUCAUCAGGGAAAAUACGCGAAUAUAUAAGACUCUUUACCUCAAACACUUUGAUGAUCCUCGCCGGAGAAGACCGACAGAUCCAGAGCCGGCAUGGGUUGAAGAACUGCAAAGGCUAGUCAGAUGUCAGAAGAUGUUAUUAUCAGCCGAUAACGACCUUAAACGGGAAGAGUUUACUUUCGUCGCAUCGACAGUGGAAAGUCUUAUCGCCACCAUGUCGUGCGACAACCUCGGCAAUAGUCACAACAGAACCUUGCUCAAAGAACUUUUCGAAAACAUCACCCAAAACCACGAUGCUUUCAUGUGUCGCUCAUCGCAUUUCAGUCGGGCAGGAACAUCAACACAGAAACCAGCUGAGGAUGAAGAAGGCCGUCAGCUGAGCGCAAAACUGCAUAGCUUAUUCGGUUUCCCCAAUUCCAAGGGCUUCCCUCAAUCUAAAGCCAGAAGGAAAAAUGUACUUUUCACUCAACCGUAUGCCCGAUCACGCGUAUACGAUUUAAGAAACUACACUGAUAAGAACAAAUGGGGCCCUUUCCGCAAAGAUGGAAGCAUGCGAGUGGAUUGGGAAAUGAUCGAAAGCAUCAUGAUCGUGCUUGGAUACAACUCAUUCUUUUCCCUUCAAACGCUAAGCAGCCGACUCCAGCUACCAUGGCUAGACUCCCUAGAGGGUAUCAUUCCAGAUAUAGAAGGCAAUGUGGGCAUCGGUCCAUCAAAUUACAUAGCGCUGCUACAGGAACCGGAACUCCCGCUCGAUAUGAAAGAUCCGUACAGAGUCCAAGGAACUUGGUCCCGAGUUAUUUGCUUCCUGGAUUACACCGAUCUAUACCACUACAAUUUCGAAACGGAUGCAAGAAGAGUUCCCGCUGACCAGCCAAGAGCACCACUUCAUGCAGAUGAAGCCAUUCGUUAUAUACAGAUGGAUUUGCGAAUUACCGAUGUUACCGCACCAGGCCCAUCAGACAACCCUGCACUCCCUGUGGUGCGCUUCAAAGGGACAUCAAGAUCCAUAGAUGUUCGAUGGGAUCCUAAUGCGAUCUCUGGCAUCCGCGGCACUGUGAGCUUGACCCCUGAGGGCGAAGUGAGGUGGCAGACGAUUUCAAUUUUUGAAGGUGAAGAGAGAUGGCGUAGUGAUGGUAUUCAAGUAGGCGGAUUGCGCUGUCCACGAGGCGUUGUCGGAACGUGGUUUGACAAAGACUUUGACGUGCACGGACCAGCUGGGCCGACUGCGUUCUGGAAGACCAGUGACAAGGUUCUGGAUUCGGACGAUGAAGAUUAG